ACAACACCACCCAACAUGAAGCUCCUCUACCCAACUUCCCUCGUCCUAGACACCACCUCCAUCGCCGGCUUCUCCGCCACCCUCCACUCCUACGACGUCAAGCAACCCAUCCCAGAAGACCUCAUCGACGCUGAAAUCCUCAUCACCUGGACCAACACCGCCGAUAACCUCAAAGAUGCCGCCUCCCGCAUGAAGAACCUCAAAUGGAUCCAGUCCCUCGCCGCGGGUCCCAACGAUGUGCUUGCCGCGGGAUUCGACAAGUCGGUCAUCGUUACCACGGGAUCUUCGCUGCAUGACUAUACUGUAGCGGAACAUACUCUUGCCCUUCUCCUCAAUGCCGCGAGACGAUUCUAUGAGAUGCGGGACCAUCAGCUGCAGGGGAAGUGGCCGGGUCAUCUCGGUGGUCCGCAACCUGAUCGACCGAAGGGGAAGUUUACAACGUUGAGAGAUGCGAGAGUGACGAUCUGGGGAUUUGGGAAUAUCGCCAAAGCAUUGACGCCUUCUCUCGUCGGACUGGGAGCGAAAGUCACGGGUGUUGCUCGAUCAGCUGGCAUCCGAAAUGGCAUCCAAGUCGUCUCCGACCAGGAUCUCGACGCCACGCUCGCCGAGACGGAUGCGUUGGUUAUGAUCCUCCCGGGUAGCGAGAGCACAAACAACGCUCUCGACGCCGCGAAGAUUGCGAAGCUACCGGAUCAUGCAUGGGUUGUGAAUGUGGGCCGCGGAACGACGAUCGACGAGGAAGCGCUGGCGGAUGCGUUGGAUGCGGGUAAGCUGGGUGGUGCGGCGCUCGAUGUUUUCGCGAAGGAGCCGCUGCCCGCGGAGUCGAGGCUGUGGAAGACGCCGAAUACGAUUGUUAGUCCGCAUGCGGCGGGUGGGAGGCCGCAGGGGAGUGAGGGGCUGAUUGCGGAGAAUCUGAGGAGGUUUUGUGCGGGGCAGGAGUUGAGGAAUAUGAUUUGA